AUGGCAACAUCUCGACGAAUGAUUAUCCGCUCCCACUCUCAUUCUUCGGCCUCCUUUGCUUCCUCUACAUCCUUACACAGAUCAAUCGCGAUUUCUCGUCUCUCGUCUCCGACGACGAUGUCUCAGAUGAGGACGUGCAUGUGCUCACCUACUACGCACCCAGGCUCAUUCAGAUGUAGUUUGCAUAAGAAUUCUAAUAUCCAACGCCAUUCGCCUCCUUAUCCGUCUAAUAGACUUAACGUGCGUAGAUCGGCCAUGACGAACUCGUUGCUACGGACAGGGACCGUGGAAGGGGAAAUGGUCAAGCGAGCACUAGCCGCGCUUAUCAGGCCGUCUUCACAUCAGCAGCGACGUCGCUGCAACUUCAAACUGCAGCCGAGUCGACUCUCCGUCAUGUCCAAGAUAUAUAGAUGA